AUGGGUGCUCCAACUCCCAAAAUGCUGCGUGAAACCAUUGAAAACCAAACCCCAGCCUUCAGACUUAAAAGGGCCGAGUCUAGUGGCUCUUUGAUCUACAGCUAUGUGAUUGCAACAGAAACUGAACUGUGGGAUAUUGGCGACAUCUUCACAGAGGUGGCCGAGGGAGACUCUGAUCCGAAGCCCUUUGAAGGUGAAGAAGAAGAAGAAGACGCCCUAAAUAUAAACGCUCAAGUGGAGAACUCCUGUGUUAACAUCCAGUGGAAAACCCAGACCCUUAAACGCACAAAACCUGCAAUGAGCGUAGACAUUCCCGAGUUUCAGAUCCGAAAGUUUGAAGAGACUGAAGUUGUGGUGUCUCAUAUCGUCAGCCCAGGAAACUUCUACAUCCAGCACGCAGACUCCCCUGAGAAGCUGCAGGCCCUUGUCAUUGACAGCUGGAAAGCCAGUAGUUCAUAUGCCGAGCAGAACUGCAUUCCAGACAUUGGAACCAAAGUAAUGGCUUGGUUUCCUCAGCAGGAACAAUGGUGCAGGGCUCAGGUGAUGAAAAUAUGUGGAGUGAGUAGAGAUGAUAAUGCCACAGAUGGCGCUGAGAGAAAGACAUCCAUCAAGGUGGAAGUGAAACGGCUGGACCACGGCGACACCGCUUGUCCGUCUUUGUGGAACGUAAAGGACCUGCCCCCAGAAAUGGCUGCUCUGCCACUUCAAGCAGUGCAGGUUUCGCUGGCAAAUGUGACGCCCGUAAACGAGACGGAUUGGUCUGAGGAGGCAGUGGACUGGUUCAAAGCGAUGGUGCACAACAGGACGCUCUACGCCAGACUUUAUCCUCAGGGGCCCAAAGUUACAGUCGAGCUGUUCUUGGAAAAGGGAACGCUAGGAGCUAUGAGGAGGGGAGCAUCACUGUCUGUGAGACUGGCCAAAAACGGACAUGCACAACAUCACAAACUGAAGAACGUCGGCCUCACAAACAGAAGCGCUGUUCAACUUAACAUGCAAAAACAGGAUUCUGAGUGGGAGAAGUACCUCAUCUCAUGUUACACUCAACAUAAGUAACUGAAAGCAGGGAGUGUGUGUGUACUUCUGUCUUGCUUGUGUGACGGACUGUGAGGUUUGAAAUACAAAUGGCAACUCCUGCCAUGCAGCACACGAAUAUAGACAUUUGAUUACUCUUAAAUGAGAGAGCAAGAAAAAAGUUUUGAUGAAGCAUUUGUGCACAAGCGAACAUUAGGAUUAAAUCCAUAAAUAGUCAUUAAAAACUCCAGUGACUGCGUAAAUCAAGAAUAUUUACAUUUUGAACAAUGUAAUCUAAAUACAAAUUCAGAAUUCUAACUCCAGGUGUUGACUGGACUAGUACACAUUAAGUUACUUGUAUCAGCUUUCAUGUUGGUUUUUAUGUUGCAGUUUACAAAACGACGUAUGGUGAAUUUUAUAUAUAAAUUCAUAUCAUUUUUUUUUGUAAGUUAAAGAUGUUUGACAUUUCUCUUUAAAGUAGAGAUACAUUUGUGUGUGAACAAUUUUUAUAAGUCUAAUUUGGAUUGAAAACAGUUUAUUUGUUGUUCAGUUUUUUUUUUUUUUGUCUGCAUUCUGACACUCGAAAACAUUAAAGUGUGUCUCCGGUCCUGAUUAUUGCAGCCACUAGACGGUGCUAGUUCAGUCCGAUUACCUGCCUUCUAUUAAGUGAUACUUGGUUUCUCUCUAUGCUACAACCAGUAGGUCUGUUUAAUUAAUUUUUUUAUUCUACUUUUGAUGAUCAUCACAAGCUGCUGCUUCGGUUGAUAUUGAGUUCUUGUACAAUGGCUGAUUUUUAUUUUUUUUAUGUGUACAUUUCUUCUUUUGCAAUAAAGACGUGUUCUGUG